GCCUUUCCAUUGAAGUCACUGUCUUGGAAGAGCAGCCCCCUGGCACCCAAGUGGUAAACCUCCGAACCGAGAGGCCCUUAGACUACGACAGCAUGGUCUACAGCUUUGGAAAUACAGUCUCAAGUUUCGACCUGGACUCAACUACGGGUGAAAUCACAACUGCUGAGCCUCUGGACAGAGAGACUAAGGACAGCCAUUACAUCGUCGUUUCUGCAUCAGACCCCGAGUCUGGCAUCUUCUCAUCGGUUGUGGCAGAAAUUACAGUUCAUGUGGGGGACAUCAACGACAAUUCUCCAGUGCUGUCUCAGACGGAAUACCAGGGACGCGUACCGGAACACGCUGACGAGGGACAACUUGUAGUCUUGAAUGACAUCGGGAUUGUCGCGACAGACGCGGACAUUGGGGAUAAUGGUCGCAUCACCUUCGAGCUACAUUGUUGCCACGACCUCUUUCAAAUAGAUCCGGAAACAGCCGAAAUUCGCACGGCUGACAACUCGUCUUUCUUGGAUCGUGAAACCGUUCCUGUGUACGAUCUGAUUGUAAUCGCCCGAGAUAACCCCACAAACACUACGUUGCACCGUGAAAGUAGUGCCACGGUCACAAUUGAUCUUAUGGACAUCAACGACAACCGUCCGAUUUUUCAGAACGGUUCCCAACUUACUGUAUCAAUUCCGGAGGAUGAAGGCCGUGGCUUUAGUGUCGCCACGAUAACUGCUGCGGACGCGGAUUCGGGUAGCAAUAGUCGCAUAUUUUACACCAUAAAUUCGGGUAGUGACGGUAAAUUCACAAUCAGUCCCACGUCCGGUGUACUCAGUCUUGCCAGUGAACUUGAUCGUGAAGUCAAGUCAAUGUACCAAAUUUCGAUUAGCGCCAGCGACGGCGGAAGUCCAUCAUUGACAAGUGAAGAUGCGUUUCUCGCACAUGUCACCGUUCUGGACGUUAACGAUAACAAGCCGGAAUUCUUGCAAAACAUAUAUUACAUCACCAUUGAUGAAGAGAGUGGCAUCGGCAAGAUCGUCGCAAAUGUAACAGCUUGGGAUGCUGAUGAAGGCUUAAAUGCCCAAGUUAGAUACACAAUGUUUAAUUGCGCGCCCCAAUUUUCCAUCGAUAACACUACGGGGUCUUUGUAUGUCCAAUCACGGCUUGAUUAUGACAAUACUGCAGUUUUGAGGUCGUAUAGUUGUGAUAUCAGCGCGACAGAUGGAAAGUAUACUUCUACUGCCCUCGUUCAAGUGGAGGUGCGGGACAUCAAUGAUAACAGCCCCGAGUUUGGAACACAAGACGGUUAUUCCACACAGCUUCUGUAUAAUGAAAACCAGGAUUUCCCUGCUAUAGUAGCGGCAAUUGAUGCAACAGACACGGACAGUGGAAGUAAUGGGGACAUAACAUUUAGCAUUUACAAUAGCAGUUGCAGUGAAAGUGUGACUGCCAAUUUCACUGUUGAUGAAUCUACCGGGAUCAUUCGGUUACAUGGCAUAAUUGUAAUAGGUCAGCCUUUCCCAUCGUGGUGUGAUAUGACAGUGGUUGCGACUGAUCGUGGCGUUCCGAGUUUAAGCAGCAGUACGACGGUCUCAGUAGAAAUUUCGAAACCAACUGAUGUCACAUCUAAAGUUACCUUCGGUGAUACCGCAUUUGAUGGAUUCGUCGUCGAAAACAUAAACACUGUGCAGAAUAUUGUCCAAGUCAAUGCGACCGCAGUUGGGACGGGUGAUUGUGAAGCUAUACUGCAAUACGAAUUCGCAUCAUGGCAGACUGAAGACUUUGAAUUCACCAUCGACAACACAACCGGAGACGUCAGCUCACGCAAUGUAACAUUUGACAGAGAACUCAAGGCCACGUACGCGUUUGCGGUCAUCGCGGCAAACAACUGCACGGGAGACAGCAAACGAUUCGAUUACACCUCGGUGAUAGUGCACGUCAAUGACACGAACGACGAACAGCCAGCCUUUUCACGCCCCGAGUACAGUCUGCAGGUGGAGGAGGGAAUGUUGUCUGGGCUCGUGGUCGGGAGAGUGACAGCAGAAGAUCGCGAUGAAGGGUCCAACGGUGCGAUCACCUACAGUAUCAGCGGUGAUGGCGGUGAAUACUUCGCAAUUGAUGACAGCGGGACAAUCACGACAAAAGAGCCCCUGGAUAGAGAGAACAUUACUCAAUAUCAGAUAUCCGUGAUGGUACGUACAACCCCUUGCUCUAUUUCAGUCUACAGGACGUUCAGGGAAGAUAUGUAUGUUUAUCAUACAAUCUAUAUAGAAUGCAACAUGGUGUAUUCCGUAUCACCAGAGGUACCAGCCUGACCGAGGAU